UGAUGUUGUUCGCAGUGCGUCGUGCCAUCGGCAAAUUCGGCUAGGGCAAAGUGUAGACGAAUCGUGCAAAGACGUCAGGGCACGGACAACCUUUGGCGUGGGUAGGUCCCGUCGAUAAUGCUUAUGGAAAGGUGCACUGGGCACAGCCGAGUUACAUGGACGAAAAUUUGGGCGGCGUUAGGGGCACAAGUGGGGGCGGCGGUACGGACGAAGCCACCGCUAACGGUGACAAAACCAAAAGGAUACCUCCGCCGCCGCCACCUCCGCUGCCGCCGCCUUUGCACCAUUUCCAGCAGCCGCAGCCGCAGCUACAGCAGCAACACCAUCAUCAACAACAGCAGCAGCAUCAACAACAACAGCUACACAUGCAUCAACAACAGCUGCAGCAACAACAACAACAACAACGGCAUCCACAACAGUCACAACAACUCCAUCAUCAACAUCAGCAGCAGCAGCAACUUCAUCAUCAACAGCAGCAGCAGCAGCAUCAGCAACGACAACAGUAUCAGCAGCAACAGCAACAGCAGCAGCAUCAGCAGCAACAGCAACAACAACGACAUAAUCAGUUACGCCACCAUCAAAUGCUGCAGCAGCAGCAGCAGCAGCAAAAGUAUCAACAAUACCGGAACCGUCAUCAUCAGUAUCCGGCCGUAGUGGCUAACAGCGGCGCGUCUGUCAACCCUGCCGCCGCCGCCGCCGCCGCCGCGGCCACCACUACCACGGCUACCGCAACCGUUGUCAACUCGACGUCGUUUCAGUCAAAGCUUCAGCCGCCCUCGUCCAACAACGCGCUGCACGCCACGGCCGCCGUGGCCACGCCGUACCCCGAGGCCGCUGACCGGUCUGACUCGGGUCUCAGUUCGUCGCGCACGCUCAAUUCGGGCGACGAACGGUCUGGGUCCCAUUCGAGCGCGUUCAGCGGUUCCGACGACCACGCGUCCGCCGUAUCGCCGCCCAACGAACAACAUCAGACGCCGCCGUCUACGUUCAACAAUAUACCCGUCUGGAGGGACCCUCACAUGUUGCAGUCGCCGAACGGUCCCAUAAGACACGUGGACAGCGUUCAACACCAGAGCCUUUUCAUGUCGAACGCGGCGCAAAUGCCACAGAUGAUGUUGCCUUAUCAGCCUUUUCACCCACCGCCCGUCGGACCACCACCUGCGAUGCCGCCUCAAACUCCAACGCCGUCCGCGAUGCAGCCGACCAUGGGAGCAGCCGGAAUGCUGUGGAAACCGCCUACCGCUGCUGUGGCAAACGGCAACAACAAUUCGACUGCGGCUAACAGCUAUUACCACCAUCCUCGCCCCAACGAACAGCAAAAACUAAAUAACAGAGGAAAUACGGAAAAGGACGUUUACAAAGAAAUGAAAAGAGCCAAACAGCCACCGUACGCGCAAGGCCCUGCCGGAGGUGGCAAACACAGGGGUGGAGGUGUGCCCAUCGAGAACGGUUCGAAUAACGACUACGGGCAGGUGGAAAUCGAACGGUUGGUAAACCGUCACCAGAGAGGCAAUCGCGAACACACAGAAAAGCAACAAGCCGAGGCAGCUGUCCAUCAGCAUUUCGAGGAGAGUCUGAAACUUGCUCAGCAACAAAGGAGAACCAAUUGGAUAUCAAAUUUGCCUUCCCCGCCUAAAAAUGUGUACCCAAGUCAAGGGCCUAAGACUCAAGAAACAUCUAAGCAAAGGCAUCCGUCUCUUAAUGGGGCAAAUCAAACAGUCAAUCAUCGAGGCGUCGACGAUUGGAAAGAUAAGAAAAAUAAAUAUGCUCCUUCCAGAUCAACACCUGUUGAUCCGUCAUCUUCUAGGCCUCCUACUCAGCAAGCACAUUAUAGAAGUCGGACCGUUCCUACAUCGAAUUUCGAUCAUGAAAAUGUAUUAAUAAAUACCAACGAUAGUGGAAACCAUAAUAAUAUGAUCUCGUAUGCUCCUUACAUGAAUGCAAAUCAUGUGUACGCACCUCCUUCCAAUUCAUCAGUGAUAGUUAGAAAUGAGUCUUCGUACAAAAACUCAUCAAUACCUGUUGCAGAAGCUUAUUCGUAUAAUCGCACUCCUACUAUUCUCACAGUCCCUGCUGUAAAAUUAGAUUGUAAUAAAGAACCAAAACAAGCCAAACCCAUGCAUUACUCCAGGACAUCAUCAUCUUCGGUCAAUACUAGUCAACCAAAAGGUCACAACUCUUCUCCGGAACCACAUCAUCCUGGACCUCUGUUAAAUACACAUGGUCGUUAUGCUUUGUAUCCACCUCAAACUGAUCAAGCUCAAAGGGAUUUAGACACUCCCCCUCCUGCACAUUUAAAUGCAAUGAUGUCUAGUGCUCUUCCGAAAUUUGUACCUGUCGCAGUACCAGUCGAUGAUCUCCAAACGGAAGCAUUAGAUCUAGUUAUGAUAUCUAAUAAAGCUACAACUGAAACUGAUGUUCCUUUAUAUUUAAAUUCUAACUACAAAAAUGCCAAACCAGAUCCUCAAGAUACCAGAAACACACAUGAUAUAAAUGUUUGUGUUAAAUCCAAAAAACAUACUUAUUUAGAAAUGUAUUUGCCUAAUAACGAUAAUGUGAGCUCACCACUAAUCACGUUAAGCAAUUCAACUACAAUUUCAGCGAUCAUUACGACGACACUCUCCUCGAGCAAUUCGAUAAGUUUGCCGUCUACUGUUUCAGCAAGUAAUUCAUCAAGUACACCAAUAACCAUUUCAACAAGUAAUUUGAUGGCUGUUCCAACUUCCAUUCCGUCUACUGUUUCAAUGAUUGAUCCAAAGACUAUUCCAACUUCCAUUUCAUCUACCAUGUUAGCGAAUAAUUUAACAAUUAUUCCAACUUCCAUUUCAAAAGCCCCGUUCACAGCUUCAACCGAGAUUCCAACAAUUGCUCCUGCAUCAAUCUCAACUACAAUUUCGACAACUGUAUCGUUAACUAAUGUUAAGACAGAAAGUUCAGUGACAACCUCUUCAAAUGUCCCAAUGACCAACUCGAAUACCUAUGAUUCUUCUCCAUCUACACCUCCUCCUGUGCUAAUGCCUGCAACUUAUACAGAUAUGUCUAGUGGAAUAAAAACCCAUCAUCACAAAUUAAAGAAAGCAUGGUUACAACGCCAUGUAUGGGCAGAAGACUUGAAAGAAGCAGGAGUUAAUAUCGAUCAAAAUCCAUCUCAUUCUUUCUCUCAAAUGGAUGAUACUCCUCCAGUUUUACAGUGUGAAAUUACCAAAAAAAGAAAAAUUUCCAAAAGCUCGUCAGAAGAUAAUAUUGAGGCAACUUCGCCUCCAGAAAUGUUGCCGUGUAGUUCGCACUCAGAACCGUCAACAUCAACGGGUGGUGGAACCAAAAAGUAUAAAAAAAGAAAGGUUUCUAAUCCCACGAUACCUCCGGAAAAUAAAAGCACAACAGACAAUGCCAGGCCUUUAGAAACAGAAAAGAAAGUUCCACCCAUUAAGAUUCCUAAAAAAAGAGGGAGAAAACCCAAAGUUGUUGUAAGCAUACCUUUAAAAAAAGGAAAAAAUAAUGAUGGUGAAGUGCGGUUUUUUCAAUCGGGCCCAUGUUUAAAUGCUGGGCCAAAGAUACAUAAAUGUCGAGAAUGCCGUAUAUUCAUAAACAAUAAGAAGAAUGAUGUAAUGACGCAGGAUGAAAUUGAUAAUAUUUUUUGUCGGUUCUACGCAUUUCGUCGGUUGUUCACAAACAAAACUGGACAAUUAAUGAAUGCUGGAUUCCCUGAUCCUUUCUUGGAUAUUACUGAAGAUGAUGCGAAUCUUUGGCUGCCUAACCCGGAAUGUCCACCAAGUUCGUUAGAUGUUGAAGUUGCAAAAAAAGUGUUAGUUGAGGCCGGUCGUCAAUUUUGCUAUUUAGUGAAAGAAGAAAAUAAAGCUCUAACUCUGUCGCCAUAUUUCCAAGGCAAACCUAUUGCAUGGAAAAAAGCAGCUAACGGCGUGAGGGAAAUGUGUGAUGUUUGUCUUACGACUAUUUUUAACUACCACUGGGCUUGCGCAAAAUGUGGUUUUGGAGUUUGCAUCGAUUGUGUUAAGGCGCGUCUUAACGGCUCGUCGGAGUCUCCAGACGCUGCGACCAUGACUAAGAAGGACCUGCGAGAGAAGGACACGUUCACGUGGAUGACUUGUAACAGCAAACAUAAUCAUGACGUCGAGCGGCUCAUGCUUACACAAAUCGUAGCCAGUGAUUCGAUGGACGUUGUAUUUUCUGAUUUACACAAGAUCAGUACUUUGUGGAACCUUCCAAUCGAAUGUGGUUGUCCAGAACAUCCUUUCCCUGAGACACAGGGUGACGCCAGUACUGAUGACGACGACGACGACGAUGUGCCCUCAAUAUCACAAGCAAGCACAUCAAAUACCGAUAACUCUCAAAAUGGUACUGCUGAAAAUUCUGAAAUCAGUUCUGCCGAUAACUUGAAAAACGAUUCUGCUGAUAAUUCAAAAAUCAAACUUUCUGAGGACUCAAAUAACAUUCCGGCUGAGGGCUCAAAAAACAGCGCUGCCGUAAACGUGGUAAACAGUACUGCUGAAAACUCUAAGAAAAGUCUUGAUGAGAGCUCUUCGGACAAUAAUGCCGAAGGAUCUAAAAGUAUUGUUCGUUCCCAAAAUUCUAUUAACAUCGAACCACAGAUUGCCGGGUGCUCAAAUGACAGACGAGCGAGUAUUCAAUCUAAUCCGGAGAGAAGACAGCAGCCAUUAAAACACUUUGUCCGUAAGAAAAAUAAAUAUCUGAGAACCAUUCCACGCCAACCGCUUCCACCACGUGUAAUGACACUGGCGGAGAGCCGAGAAUUUUUCCCGAACAAUCCCCAUACGUGGCUAUGUGAAGGAAAACUGCUGAGACUUUUGGAUCCCGAAGAUCCUACCAACUACGACAUAUUUCAAGAACAGUGGAAAAGAGGUCAGCCAGUGAUGGUCAGUGACGUGGGCCAAAGGUUAAAUCCGGAAUUGUGGAGUCCUAAUUCGUUUAGUCGCGACUUCGGUGAAUUUACCAACGAUUUGAUUGACUGUGCAACCGGUAUGCUUGUUGAGGGUAAGACAAUGAAACAGUUUUGGGAUGGUUUCGAGGACGAAAGCAAGCGCCUUAAGGGUUUGGACGGUAAACAAAUGUUGUUGAAACUAAAAGACUGGCCAGUUGGCACUGAUUUUGCGGACACCUUACCGGAAAGCGUUUUCCGAUACAGAUUUGAUGAUCUAAUGAGAGUAUUGCCGUUAAAAGAUUAUACUCUACGUGACGGAAAUCUUAAUUUGGCAGCUAGAUUACCGGCAUGUUUUGUACGACCAGAUCUCGGGCCAAAAAUGUAUUCAGCUUACGGGAACACUGGAAAUCGCGAUUCCGGCAAACAGUUGAUGAGUACAACUAAUUUACAUUUGGAUGUGUCGGAUGCAGUUAAUGUAAUGGUGUAUGUAGCUAUUUCGCACAAGAGUGAGAACCAAGACGAUGAAGCUGAUCAUGAAUGGCACGUAAAGGAAGCGUAUCGGGCGAUCGACGAGGCUGGCUGUGACAUGGCAAGUAAGAGACGGGCCCGCGAGCCCAAAGAGUUGCCUGGUGCGGUGUGGCACAUUUAUCAUGCCAAGGACGCAGACUCGAUACGCGACCUGUUGAACAAAGUGAGCGCCGAACGCGGUGAACCACUGGAACCCAACCACGAUCCCAUCCACGACCAAUCCUCAUACUUGGACGCAGAUCUCAGGGCUCGGUUGUAUACUGAGUACGGUGUCCAGGGUUAUGCAGUGGUACAGUGUCUAGGUGACGCCAUAUUCAUUCCGGCUGGAGCCCCACACCAGGUGAGAAAUCUGCACAGCUGCAUCAAGGUGGCCGGUGACUUCGUGUCGCCCGAAAACGUGUCUCAGUGUUUCCGUUUAAUGAACGAGUUCCGGGACUUGUCCAGCAGCCACAGCAAUCACGAAGAUAAGCUGCAGAUAAAAAAUAUCAUGUUCCACGCGAUCAAGGAUUCGAUUUCGGUAUUGUUGCACGAAAAUCUGGAAGAACCGCAGGAACAACAGGAACCGGAAGAGGAGCAGGAGCAGUAAAUGCUUAUUUAUUAUUAUUUCUGUCUAUGGUAAUUUAUUAUUAUUUAAUUUUGACUAUUUUUUCUCUCAUUGUUAUUACAUAUAUUAAUUUGUAAAUAAUCU